AGGGCCUUCUUGCUGAAUGACUCAAAUGUGUGAUACUCUCUGCGAGCCUCGUUGACUAAUAGAUUCCUAAUGUCUAUGGGAAGACAUCUCAGGAACAUGGUCAGCAAGACCUGUGGAUUGUACUCCACUCCCGGGACGAUGAUCAGGCGCUCUACGGCUGUGGCUUUGGUUUACUGUCCAUUGGUGUAUUGGCUUUCAGGCUUCAGUCGUGAUCAUCGUGGAGCCAACUUCGUCAUGUUUGUAUUUCUUGUCUUUCUGGUAGCUAUGGUAGCAUCUGCAAAAGUGCGGUUCUUCUCAUCAAUUAGCCCAACACGUGAAGCUGCAGGCUCGCUUACAGGCUUUUCGAUCGCCAUCUUCUUGCUCUUCUCUGGUUUCCUCGUCACGAAGAACAAGAUCCGUGACUGGUGGAUUUGGGUUUACUACAUUUCUCCUCUGCAGUGGGGUUACACAGCUGUCACGCUAAACGAGUUUUUGUCAGACAGAUACGACAAGCCUUGCUCUAGCCUGUCUCCAUCACCCGCUGUACAAUAUUGCUUCCAAAGGGUCAAUAUGUCGUUCGUACCCUUAGACUUGAAGGCGGGAGAGGCAUAUCUGAAAUUUUUUGGAUUCCCGACCUCCUACAGCGUUGUGUGGCUUUCCAUUGCAAUGUUACUGGCGUGGUAUCUUCUGUUCACCAUGGGCUCAUUCAUUACCCACACCAAGUUACAGUUCAAGCAGGAGGAUCGGGAGGAGGAGCAGGAGGAGUGGGAGAAGGGGUGGGAGAAGGAGGAGCGGGAGGAGCGGAGGAGUGGGAGGAGCAGGAGAAGGAGCGGGAGGAGGAGGAGGAGCGGGAGAAGGGGGAGGAGCGGGAGAAAGGGGAGGAGCGGGAGGAGGAGCUGGAGAAUGAGCGGGAGGGUGAACAGAAGGGGCAGAGGAGGCACGGGAGAAGGAGCGGGAGGAGGAGCGGUAGGAGGAGCGGGAUGGGAAACAGGGAGGAGCUUAGGAGCUGGAGAAGGAGUGGGAGGGGAAACGGGAAGGGGCGGAGGAGGCACAGAAGGAGCAGCGGGAGGAGGGGCGGGAGGAGGGAUGGGAGGGGAAACAGGGAGGUGGUUAGCAAAUGCACGGGAGGCGGGUAGGGAGAUCUUUGUCCCGUUGUUUGGCGGAGGAGCGGGAGGAGCGGGAGAAGGAGCUGGAGAAGGGGUGGGAGAGGGAGCAGGAGGAGGAGCUGGAGGAGCGGUAGGGGAAACGGGAAGGGGCGGAGGAGGUGCGGGAGAAGGAGCAGGAGGUGGAGUGGGAGAGAAACAGGGAGGAGGCAGCAGGAGGGGGAGCGGGAGAAGAAAAGGGAGCAGGAGUGGGAGGAGGAGCGGGAGAAGGAGCGAGAGAAUGAGCGGGAGCGGGAGAAGCGGGAGAAGGAGCGGGAGGGGAAAUGGGGAGGAGGCAGCAGGAGGGGGAGCGGGAGAAGGAGAGGGAGGAGCGGGAGAAGGAGAGGGAGGAGGAGCGGGAGAAGGAGCGGGAGCUGGCGGAGGAAACGCAGGAGCGGGUGGAGGAGUGGGAGGAGGAGCGGGAGGGAAACAGGGAGGAGGCAGCAGGAGGGGGAGAGGAAGAAGGAGAGGGAGGAGGAGCGGGAGGAGGAGCGGGAGGGGAAACGGGAAGGGGCGGAGGAGGGCGGCCGGUCGAGGGAGGAAGGGGGAGGUAGGGAGUAGGACGGAGGCAGGAAUGGAAGUAGGAGGUCAGGUGGUGAUCGGGCUGAGGAAGGAAGGGGAGGGAGGAGAUCGAGAGAAGGAGGAGGUCAGACAGAGAUCGGGCGAACGAAGGGGGCAAGCGAAGGGGAAUGAGGGCGGCCAGGCGGACGGAGGCCAGAGGGAGGUUGAAGAGAAGGUGCGGAGGAGGCCUGUAGGGAGGGGAAAGGCGGCAGAGAGUAGGGCGGAAGCAGGAGGUCAGGUGGAGAUAGGGCCAAGGAAGGAAGGGGAGGAAGGAGAUUUGGGGAAGGAGGAGGUGGAUGUUGUGACAGCAGUUGAACUUGCUGAGGCUGCUGCUGGAGCUGCAGCCCCUUCUGCUGCGACAACUCUUGCUUUUGCUGCUGAUAAGGGUGUUGUUGCUGUUGCCCUAACAGCUGCUGCUGCUGCUUCACCAGAUUUAGCAGCUGUUCCUGCUGCUGUUGCUGUUGGCCCAUCAUCUGCCGGCCCCCCAGCAACUGCUGCUGGUGGCACUGUUCCAGACUAAUCAACGGUUGUUGUCUCCCCAGCAGCUGCCCCACCUGAG